AUGAACGGCACAGAAGGACCCAACUUUUACAUCCCCAUGUCUAACAAGACCGGGGUGGUUCGGAACCCUUUCGAGUACCCUCAGUACUACCUCGCCGAGCCUUGGAAGUUCUCUCUGGUGGCCGCCUACAUGUUCUUCCUCAUCAUCACAGCCUUCCCCAUCAAUUUCCUUACACUUUAUGUCACUGUUCAACACAAAAAACUGAGGACACCUCUGAACUAUGUCCUGCUCAACCUGGCUGUAGCUGACCUCUUCAUGGUGGUCGGGGGCUUCACUGUCACGUUCUUCACGUCACUGCAUGGAUAUUUCAGCUUGGGUGUCACUGGCUGCAGCAUUGAGGGUUUCUUUGCCACUUUGGGAGGAGAGAUUGCUCUGUGGUCUUUGGUGGUCUUGGCAAUCGAACGCUACGUUGUGGUCUGUAAGCCGAUGGCCAACUUCCGCUUUGAGGAGAAACAUGCCAUUGCUGGACUGGGAUUUACAUGGAUCAUGGCUCUAACCUGUGCUGCUCCACCGCUGUUUGGAUGGUCACGGUACAUCCCAGAGGGAAUGCAGUGUUCCUGCGGCAUUGACUACUACACACCCAACCCUGAGUUCAACAACACCUCAUUUGUCAUCUACAUGUUUGUCCUGCAUUUCAGCAUCCCUCUUGUCGUCAUCUUCUUCUGCUACGGUCGCCUGCUCUGCACCGUGCGAGCUGCGGCCCAGCAGCAGGAGUCCGAAAGCACCCAGAGAGCCGAGAGAGAGGUGACUCGCAUGGUCAUCGUCAUGGUGAUGUCCUUCCUGGUGUGCUGGGUGCCGUACGCCAGCGUGGCUUGGUACAUCUUCGCCAACCAAGGAGUCGCCUUUGGACCAGUGUUCAUGACCGCGCCGGCAUUCUUUGCCAAGAGUUCUGCGCUCUACAACCCGGUAAUCUACAUUCUGCUCAAUAAGCAGUUUAGAAACUGCAUGAUUACCACAGUGUGCUGUGGCAAGAACCCCUUUGGAGACGACGACGUCACCGCCAGUGCCGUGUCUAAAACCCAGACUUCAUCCAUCGCCUCCAGCCAGGUGGCCCCUGCUUGA